AUGGCUCUGGAAGAGGGCCGGAGCCUGCCCGAGGUGCGGGCGCGAGUGGGGGCUUCGCAUGGCAUCACCGACCUGGCCCACAAGCUUCACUUCUAUGACCAAUGGGCUCCGGAUUAUGACCAGGACGUGGCCGCUCUGCAGUACCGCGCUCCUCAGCUCGCAGUGGACUGCCUCACCCAAGCCCUUCCAGGUCCACCCCACGCUGCCCUGAUCCUGGACGUGGCCUGUGGUACUGGUCUAGUGGCUGCAGAGCUGCAGGCUCGGGGCUUCCUCCAGCUGCAUGGGGUGGAUGGGAGCCCAGGGAUGCUGGAACAGGCCCGGGCCCGUGGCCUCUACCAGCGCCUCAGCCUCUGCACCCUGGGUCAGGAGCCUCUACCCAGCUCUGAAGGGACCUUCGACGCGGUGCUGAUGGUGGGCGCCCUCAGUGAUGGCCAGGUGCCCUGCAGUGCCGUACCUGAGCUCCUGCGGGUUACCAAGCCAGGUGGGCUGCUGUGUCUGACCACCAGGACCAACCCAUCCAACCUGCGUUACAAAGAGGCGCUGGAGGCCACCCUGGCCAGGCUGGAGCAGGCCAGGGCUUGGGAACGCCUGGUGGCCUGGCCGUGGACCAGUGGGAACUGGCCACCUCCGAGCUCGAGGUGGGGCCUGGCGCCUCUGACAGCGACAGCUUCAUCUCCGGCAUCGUCUACCUGUACCGAAAGCAGGAGGCAGCCCAGGCUGAGGGAGUGA